CGGCGGAGUAGCCUCUCUGUCGUGACGGAUCAGAGAUUCGGAGCGACCAAUCGAGCGAUUGGUUUGAGAAUCAAGAAAGGGAGUCGUCGCAUAGACCUAGUGAAAGGCGACAUCGGACCGUGCCCGAGGGGAUUUCGCGUGUGAACGGUGAAGCCGACCUAUGGCUGUCAGGACAGCUCCAAAAAGGUUUUCCAGCUCGCCAGGAACUAGAGAUCCAGCUUCUAUCCCCAUUUGUCCGCCCUGCUGUUGCUUCUCGAUUUCGCCUUCGCCUUGGACGAACCUCCUGUCCUACUCUAGCUUCCGUUUCCGCCUCUGUUAUGUGUAAACGCGACGUGCGGGUCGUGGUGUUUAUAAUUACCUUCUCGACGGAGACGGCGAGGGAGCCAACCGAGGCGACGCUCGCCAAAGUCACCAGGAAUCUUGGCUCCCGAGAAGACUGACGGAUUCGACUCGAUUCGACUCGAUGCUCCAAGGAACCACGAUCCUCGAAAUCAUCGGCAAAAAUUCAUCCAAAAGCAGCCUUCGUUUCUGACAAAGUACGACUGAAAUUUCCAACUUUUAACCAGGACUCUAUAGCCUUAUAGUUCAGUCAUCAGCCGGAUGACAGCCCCGUGACAACUAUCUCUCAUUUUGUCCUUCGGCACCUCAUAUCUGUAAAUACAGUCCAUGAUGUUCACGGGAAAAAUAAAGGUGGAGAUAUGCGAGGCCUCGGGGCUCAGGGCGACCGACAAGCAGCGAAAAUUCUGGCAGGACGAGUCGCCGAUCCUGGAUCCUUAUGUGUCGAUGGAUGUUGAUGAGAAUCCAUUGGAUCGUUCAUCAACCAAGCCUAAGACAUUUGAUCCUGUUUGGAAUGAGAGCUUCACCCACGACGUGCAGGAUGCUAUGAUGCUGAACCUCACCGUCUUCCACAAUGCUGCCCUGCCACCAGAUGAUUUUGUGGCAAACUGUUGCAUCCCUUUUGAGGAACUCGUCCAAAGGGAUGAUGAGACUGCUGACUUUUGGGUCGACCUUGAACCGCAAGGGAAGCUGCGUAUUAAGAUAGGUUUACAACGGAAUAAUCAAGGACAACAACCAGGAUGUGGUGCAGGCGACGGAGACGGAGUCGGAGGUGGAGAUGUCCGUGGCCAGAUCGGCGGAAAAGAACCCCGGCGUGAAUUCAAAGAACGUCAGGGUUUCAAUCGUCGUCGAGGGGCAAUGCGAAGAAGGGUUCAUCAAGUCAAUGGUCAUAAGUUUAUGGCUACUUUCUUGAGGCAACCAACAUUCUGCUCUCACUGCCGCGAAUUUAUAUGGGGCUUGGGCAAGCAGGGCUAUCAGUGUCAAGUCUGCACUUGCGUUGUUCACAAAAGAUGCCACAAACUGGUUGUGACAAAAUGCCCAGGCAUGAGGGACGAGACGAGUCAGCAGUGCACACAGGGUGCUCGGUUCAGUAUAGACGUGCCGCAUCGAUUCGUCGUUCACAAUUACAAAAGAUUCACAUUUUGUGACCACUGUGGCUCUCUUCUUUACGGGUUGAUCAAGCAGGGUCUACAAUGUGAAGUUUGCAGCAUGAACGUUCAUAAAAGGUGCCAGAAAAAUGUGGCGAAUAAUUGUGGAAUUAACACAAAAGCAAUGGCAGAAGUACUGAGCACGAUUGGAAUCUCGCCCGAUAAACAGGUAAAAGGACCGAGGAUUAACUACAGAACACCAGCUGGUGGACAGCAGCCAGUUUCAAGUGGCGAAUCACCAACUCCGGAUUCUUUACCGUUUUCGCAAAAAUCCAAGGAUGCUUCUUCUCUGGGAGAAAGUACAAGAUCGGGCAGUGACAGCGAGAUGAGGAAAGUGAGUCUCUCUGAUUUCAACUUUAUAAAGGUUCUUGGCAAGGGCAGCUUUGGAAAAGUCAUGUUGGCGGAGAAGAAGGGAAAUCCGGAUGAGGUGUAUGCUGUCAAAGUUUUGAAGAAGGAUGUCAUCAUUCAGGACGAUGAUGUUGAUUGCACAAUGACGGAGAAACGUAUUUUGGCUCUCGCUGCCAAACAUCCCUUCCUUACUGCUCUUCACAGCUGCUUUCAGACCAAAGAGAGACUUUUCUUUGUUAUGGAGUAUGUGAAUGGGGGUGAUUUGAUGUUCCAAAUACAAAGAGCCCGGAAAUUCGAAGAGAAUCGCGCUCGAUUUUACGCGGCGGAAGUGACGUUAGCCUUACAGUUUCUCCACAAACACGGAGUUAUUUAUCGUGAUCUGAAGCUGGAUAACAUUCUUCUCGACCAGGAAGGUCACUGCAAACUGGCAGAUUUUGGAAUGUGUAAAGAGGGGAUCUUGGAUGGAACAACUACGACGACGUUUUGCGGCACACCUGAUUAUAUUGCUCCUGAGAUUUUGCAAGAGCUUGAAUAUGGAGCAAGUGUAGACUGGUGGGCACUGGGAGUGCUGAUGUAUGAAAUGAUGGCGGGUCAGCCGCCCUUUGAGGCGGAUAACGAGGAUGACCUCUUUGAAUCGAUUUUACACGACGAUGUGCUGUACCCGGUCUGGCUUACCAAAGAGGCGGUGUCUAUUUUAAAGGGAUUUAUGACGAAAAACCCUGCCAAAAGAUUGGGAUGUGUCACGGCUAAUGGAGGCGAAAGUGCGAUCAGGACUCAUCCCUUCUUCCAGUACAUGGACUGGGAAGCGCUGGAAGCUAGGAAACUUAAACCACCCUUUAGACCAAAAAUCAAAAGCAAGAAAGACGCCGUGAAUUUCGACACCGAGUUUACACGGGAAACGCCGGAACUGACGCCCGUGAACCACGACAUCGUCCCUUGCAUAAACCAGGAGGAGUUCAAGGGCUUCUCAUUCGUGAACAAGGACUUCAACCCCACCAGAUUCUUGGUGCAAUAAAUCUAAGAAAGGUUUUUGAAUUGAAGCAAAUCUAUCGCCUAUUUUCUCCAGUCAGCUCAUUUCUUACGAGCGUACUUACGGAGUGAAAAUCAUUCAGGAUGAUAGAACUCCCUGGCACAAAGUUUGUCAUCAGUUGCAAUCACGAGAUGUUAAGAAAUGACCGCUCUGCCUUCCAAGGAGAAACACACACACAAAAAUGAGAUGCACAAACAUAGUCGCACAGGCACGCAGAUCAGUUUGAAACAUUUGGAAGAAAUUAAUUUGAUAGUUUUCAUUUGAGUAGUGUGCUUGUGUUUGAUUUUUUUUAAAUCACAUACAUACCACUGAAUACAUUUAAUAAUAGAAGCAUCAAUCACUAAUUCACUAUGCAGAAAUAAAUACAUAUGUGUAAGGUUGACCGAAGCUAGUGCAAUAUCUACGAGAUAUCUGACCAUAUAUAAUAGAGAGAGCAAAUUUUAUUUUAUUAUGAGACACAUUAGAGCGCGGCGUAUUAUCAUUACUCUAUACCGAGAGAAUGAUCGAUGAUCAAAGAGACUCGUACAAAAGUAUUGUUACUGCUUUCACUCGCACUUGAAUCUAGAAUUGCCCAAAUUCUGUCUACCAAAGAGAAUAAGUUACGUUUAGUUGUGCGCACUUUUAUCGAACAUCGAUCGAUGUAUCAGUUAUCAGCAAUUGUCCACGAAACCCGCCAUAUUAUUGUAAAGGGCUUUUUUAUUGCGAAUUUAAGGCAAACGAGAAAAAAAUCGGCUGAGCAACUUUAAGAAAUUUAUUUACUUGAUUUGGAAACUUGUCAGAUUCUGACUUUUAGGUCUCAAUAUUUUCUCCUUUUUUAUUAAUUGGAAAUAUAAAUUUAUCAAAUUAAAAUUGAGGAGAUAUGAUCAAUAUGGAAAGAGAUGUGAUCUGAAGAAAAAACUAAUUAUAUUAGAUGUUCAGUUUCUGUUUUUACUUUCUUGAUCUACUUUGUCAAAAGAAAUUUUGCUGCCGGUUAGUGCAUUUCGUCGUUUUUCUUACUUGUGUAACCCACAUGACAAAUCUUGAAAAACUUCGUUGAUUGCGGAUUUGAGAGAAUACAGGGUGUCCACCCUACCUGGAAAACCUUAAUGAAAAUUUAAAUAUUUUAUUUUUGGUUAAAAAUUUGUCGUUUUUAGUUAAAACUUUAAGUCUCUG